AGUCAAGUAAGUGUAUAACUUUGUUUUGACACUCUAAUCGACUCCAAUUUAAAUGUGAUCUGAAAAGUAGUUUAUUGUUUAGAAAAAGAAAAGCAACCGUUUCCAAUGGAAAAAGGAAAGUAUCAACGCAAGUCGCUUCGGUAUCUUGUUGAAAUUAGAGAUCUUCUUUCAAAAUUAGUAGAGGUUAAGGACCCAGAAAAUAGUAAAUUUCAUAUCGAAAAAAUUAAUAACUCUGACCAACUCGAUGAACUAGAAGAAGCUAUCAAGGAUGAUGUGCAGCGAAAAGCAAUUUUAUCUAAACUGAAGAAUAUUGGUGGUGUGGAUAUGGCAGAUUGUACCAGAAAUAUGUUGGGAAAAUUAUUUUCCGUAAACCUGAUGGCGAAUAUGAACAUUAAAGGGAGUAAACGUAAAGGCAGAGAAAACAAAAUAUCGUUUGAAAACCUUAAGUUAAAGGACGUUAUGUUUGAAGCGUUACAAGACAGGUAUACCGUUAGUGAAAAAGAAUUAUUUAGAGUUGUCGGGAAUAAACUAAAGAAUGCACCAGGAAGAUUGAACCAUUCCAUUGAUAUCUAACAUUUAUAUUAUAUUAUAUGUAUAUAGUUUAUGUUAUAGUAUAUAGUUACUUUUUUUAAAUAAAUAAACAAUAAUAUUAUACAA